GCCGCUGACUCCUAAGAGACCGCCUCGACUUGACUGGGAAUAGGGGCUUUAAAAAUGAUUUGAAAUAUUCGAAUUAAUCACAUCUUCACAACCUGAAAAUCUUAUUUCGCCUUUUGAAAACACCUUAAAAUGGCCAAUCCCGAAGAUCCGCCGUUCUCGUGUAUCCGCUACCUGCCCACAACUGAAGCUUAUGAUCGAUGGGCGGCAAUCUACGACACAGAUGGCAAUUUUUUACAAGCACUCGAUACUAUCGAGUUGAAGACAUUGUUUCCGCAAUUCUUACGAUCGAUAUUAUCCCCUAGACCGUGGCGCAUCGUGGAUCUGGGCUGUGGUACGGGCCGCAAUACUACGCUUCUUCUCGCGACCCCAUGUAUAGAGGAAGUGAUUGCGUUAGACUCAAGCAGAGGAAUGCUCGAAGUAGCGAGAUCACGACUGCAUCAGGCACUGCAUCAGGCGGGUGAUGGAGUUAGUACACCGAGUAAAGAACCAGCGAGAGGAGUCCCUCGGCUGCAUAUGGAGGUUUUCGACAUGCUCGCUUCGCCAGUGCCGCCUAAGUCCGCGCAACAGGCCGACGGUGUGAUCUCGACUCUAGUGGUCGAGCACGUGCCACUCCCGACAUUCUUCUCUCAAGUGUCACAGAUUCUGAGGCCGGGUGGCGUGCUCCUGCUAACCAAUAUGCAUGCGCACAUGGGUGGGAUUAGUCAAGCUGGAUUCGUGGACGCUGAGACAGGCGAGAAGAUCAGGCCAACAAGUUAUGCUCAUACGAUCACGGAUGUCGUGACGGAGGCGAGAAGAUGGGGUUUGGAAGUGGUGAAAGCGGGAGAUGAAGAUGAGGCCGGGAUUAAGGAGACCAAGGUCGACGAGAUCAUGAUUGAGACGUUAGGCCCUAGGAGUAGGAAAUGGGUUGGUGUUACAUGCUGGUUCGGAGGCUUGUUUAGAAAGAGGGCAGACCAAUAGAAUAUUAUAUCUCGACUGAAGGCAUCGCUUCCAAAUCUCAAAGAUCAUAUACGAGGGAGCUGACCUCGACGAAUUGAGAUUGCUCUCUCGCCUUCUAUUAU